ACAAUUGAAACUGUGGGCAGAAGUGGCUAUAACGACGUCGCUGGCACUGUCGCCAUUCGCCUUGGACGAUGACAGCGCGCACUUCUUCAGCAUUGUUAGCUGCCAGGAUGGCGUGGCCCACAAUUUCCAGUGCAGUCGGUGCCUUGCUCUUUGUCUAUGCUUUACUAGUAGGGUUCGCGGCUUGGGCAGGGGCCGCCCUGACGCCUUGGUGCAGUGUGGUAGACACCGCCCUGGUGGGUUGGAAUGUCUCCUCGAUCCAUACCAGGACGCAUAAGCUGUGCCAUGUUGCUUGCCUGGAAUCAGCCAAUUGCUCUUCGGCCAACUACUGGUGGCAGAGCAAAGUCUGCGAGUUGAACACCUUGUCGCACCUGAGCGUGUCCGAAAGUCACCUGGUCAAGGCGUCGGGGUCCAUCUAUACCUUCACAGAACAGAUGACUGGAUGCACGUUUACUUCAAGCCUGAGUAGCCAUGACAACGGACACAAACCUUCUUACCUAGACGGUACACGAGAUCCCGAUUGGCAACUGGUAUUUAAAGGUGUUGCGGGAACUGGAGCCAAACUGUACGAUAUGUGGACCAGCGAGAGCUGGGACCCCAGCGUGGAGAUCAGUGGGAGUUGUCGGGAUAAUGACCUUCACCGAGUUUGGCGCAACAAGCAGUUACAUGUCAGACGGGUCAAGCUUUCCUUGCAUAACAGCACAGGAAAGACAGCUGAGCUGGUAUUCAAUGGGAUUGGGUCAGAUAUCAGGAACUGGUUUAGACAGGACAGACUCAUAUCGUCCCCUUGGGAAGAUCUCAGCUCUGCCAGUGCUUCACGCGCUACACGCUCUGGUCGGUACUUCAGCAUGGAAGGUCACGUUGAAGAGGAUCGGCGAUUUUACAUUAACGCCAACUACCAGGGUUGUUCAGAUGAUGUAGGCUGGCUGGUUGUGACAGAGUCACAAAUAAAGGCAUUCUGUUCUUGGGAGGAUCCUACAACACAAUAUCCCUACCCGAUCAUACUCUACAGCAGAGGGAACAACGCAGUGACGUGGAAUAAUGUACUGUCCAAUGAUAGAACGGUUGGAAGAGCGGACAGCAUGACAAUCCACAUCAAUAUCGACGACUAAUUCGGGAACCUGUCCUUUUUAUAGUCCGUACGGGGGGGGUCAACUGGGUGAAAUUCUCCCCCACGGGAAGCGCCGGAAAACGCAAAGGUAGCAAAAGACGUAACUCCCCGUGGGUAACAAGCUUUGAAAGUUUUCGAUGAAACACCAAAAUGUUUUCUGAUACAUUUGAAAAGAGCAUUUCAACAGCCAUGCAAAAUAGAUGGUGCUAUAGUAAAGCAUUGGUGAUGCACUGCAGAUACGCGUGCGGUUUAUUUAGUCUCAUUGAAGAGCACUGUGCGAUAGACGAGGCAAAUCCAAUAGUGUCACUGCUUAUCAAAAUCUCUACGGUGGGUUUGUAUAAGAACACAAGUGUAAAUGUAAAUAUCAGAGUGGCAUGUAGUUAAAAAGUAGGUUUGUUGAAGUCAGCGAGGUUAGGUCAAAAAAAGCCUCCGGUUUCUGGUCACCGCGUGCAUCGCCGUAGA